AUGGUGCCAAAUAAUAAAAAGCGAAAGCGCGACACCAAUAAGGAGGAUCAAGAUCGUCUGGUUAAUAAAACGCCAAAAUCAGGAGGAAAUGAAAAAGAAGUUUUGUUACAAGAAAUAUUGGCAUUGGGAGGAACAGAGGAAGAUUUAGACCUUACAAGGACUUUCAAAAAUGAGUUUGCCAAAUUUGUAGCAGGUCUUGGAAUUGAAGGACAGGCUUCAGAAGCAGAAGCAGAUGAGGAGGAUGAGGAGACUCCCAAAGUAGCAGAGAAACCCGUGGCCAUUCAAGUCAAAGAAUCUACGAAGGAUCAAAACCGCCUGAAUUUUGAAGCGCGACCAGACUGGCAUGCAGCAGAACUCCCCGUCCUUCCGGCGGGAGACUUCAGCGAAACAGGACCAUACCGAUCGUCAAUCAAUAACUUAAACGAAUAUGCCAAAGCUCUUCUCGAAGCCGACAGUACUUUAUAUGCCUCGAAACAUCUUUCUGCGACUUCUUCACAUCGUUUCCUUGCUACUAUUAUGUCCUCCGGUACAUUGUCCGAUAAAAUUUCCGCUUUAACUUUGGUUGUUCAAGAAUCCCCGGUCCAUACUACAAGAUCGUUCGAAAGUUUAUUGGAUCUGGCAAAGAAAAGAAGUAGAGGACAAGCCGUUACAGCAUUGGGAGCUAUGAAGGAUUUGCUCGGAGCCGGUGUCGUACUUCCUGUGGAUAGACGUCUUCGUACAUUUGCUUCACAACCUGGACUUCUCGGUACAUUGCAAGAAAGCGAUACUGGUGUUUGGAAAUCCGGACAACCCCUACCAGGAAACAUGACCAAAGCACAUCUCAUUUCAUGGGCAUAUGAAGAUUGGCUCAAGGAGUCAUAUUUUGAUAUGCUCAAGAUUCUGGAAGUUUGGUGUAGCGACGAGGUAGAAUAUGCUCGUUCAAGAGCUGUUAUGUACGUCUACGAACUAUUAAAGGAUAAGCCAGAACAAGAAUCCAAUUUACUUCGACUCUUAGUCAACAAACUUGGAGAUCCAGAUAAAAAGAUUGCUUCACGGUCAUCAUAUCUCCUGAUGCAACUUCAAACCUCUCAUCCUGCGAUGAAAGAGAUCAUUAUCAACUCAAUCGAGAACGAACUUAUAUUGAGACCUGGACAGAGUUCGCACGCUAAAUAUUACGCCAUUAAUACUCUCAAUCAAACUAUUCUCAGUUCGAAGGAGGAAGUUGUUGCGAAGAAGCUUUUGAGCAUAUACUUUGGCCUUUUCGUAUCUCUUCUUAAAAAGCCCGAAGUUAUCAAACCUACAGGUCCUAAACUCAAUAAGAAAGGAGAGAUCCAAGGAGGUGGAGGCGCUAUGGGAAAGAAGGCAAAGGAAAAGUUGACAGCAGAAGAGGAAGCGAAGCAGGCAAGUGAGGAGACAACAGAGAAGAUGAUCUCUGCUGUUCUGACCGGUGUCAAUCGUGCAUUCCCAUUCACAAAGACUGAUGAUUUAACCCUUGAGAAACAUAUGGAUACUUUGUUCCGAAUUACGCAUUCAUCCAACUUCAAUACCAGUAUUCAAGCUUUGAUGUUGAUUGAGCAACUAUCAACAACAAAGCACCUCGCUGUCGACAGGUUCUACAGAACUCUCUACGAAUCUUUGCUCGAUCCUCGUCUAAUCACUUCUUCGAAACAUGCACUGUACCUAAAUUUACUCUAUCGGGCUUUGAAAUCAGAUGUCAAUAUCAAGCGUGUAAAGGCUUUUGCGAAGAGAAUGUUACAAGUUGUCACUCUUCAUCAACCUCCAUUCAUUUGUGGUCUCAUCUACUUGUUAAGAGAGUUAGAAGUCACAUUCCCUGGACUUAAGACUCUACUCAAUACUCCUGAAGCAAAUGACGAAGAGGAAGAAGAGGUAUAUCGAGAUGUGCCAGAGGAUAGAGAAACUGCAGGUAUUCAAGCUACAACAGCCCCAUCGAAACCCAGAACAGACACAUAUGAUGGAAAGAAGAGAGAUCCGGAACAUAGCAAUGCUGACAAGAGUUGUUUAUGGGAAAUUAUUCCUUUCUUGAGACAUUUCCAUCCAUCUGUAUCUCUAUUUGUCGACCGCCUUAUUAAUGACGAAAAAAUGCCACCAAAACCUGAUCUUGCUCCUCACACCUUAACCCAUUUCUUAGAUCGUUUUGUCUACAGAAACGCAAAAGCAGCAGCUGGAGCACCAAAGGGAAGUUCCCUUAUGCAACCUCUUGCUGGUGGGGCAAGUCAAGGUAUACUUGUAUCCAAUCGUGGUACUAAGGGGAAGGAGGCAUCCAAGAAGAAGGAGAAGAAGAAGGGUGAAGAUGGAGAAGAUGAUGAGGAUGAAGAUGAGGAUGAAAUUUGGCAAGCUUUGGUUGAAAGUAAGCCAGAUAUCGAGGGUCCAGAGUCUGACGAUGAUGAUUUGGAUAUGGAUGACUUUGACAUGUCCGAGGAUGAUUUUGAAGGUGGUGUUGAUAUUGAGGGAUCGGAUGAAGAAGUCGACGUCGAAGAAGAAGAUGAGGAUAUGCAAGAUGCUGAGGAAGAUGAUGGAGAGGGUAUUUUCUCAGAAGAAGAAGAUGACCUCAAGGACAGUGAUGAUGAAGCAGGAUUAGAUAUGGAUGCAUUAUUCGAAGCUGAAUUACAGAGAGCGAAGAGUCCUGAAGCAGAAGAAGAGAAGAAAGAGACUGGCAGAAGUAAGAAGAGGAGACUUAAGAAUCUUCCAACAUUCGCCAGUGCAGACGAUUAUGCGGCUAUGCUGGACAAAGAUGACGGAGAUGAGGAUAUGGGCACGGGAAAUGGAAAGGGAAGAUAA